CUUGUCCUCGUCGUCUGGUACAGUGGAGUCGCGGUGUCGGUGGGUGGGGUGGUGUUGGCGUCCGCGUCCGUGUAGGUGCUGGUGUUCACGGGUUUCCGCGGGUGUUCGUCGCGAUCACCUAUCGCCGAUCGCGUCCGUCUCGCUCGCCGUCUCCCGGUCCGGUGCGAUCCGCCACUCCGGACGAUGACCGCCGCGCGUCCGACGCACGCCGACCGUCGUCAUCCGGCGGCGUCCUCGCGGCCGUCCGCCCCGGCGGCCACGUGACGCGGUUGCUGCUGCUGCGGCGGCGGCGCCUGCUGUCGGCCACGACCGCGACGACCACGGGCGAGCUGCUCGCUUACCGGGCGGCGACCGCGGCCGCUGCGGCGGUGGCCCAACGGACGGCCGCGGCGGCGGCGAUGUACGGCAACGGCACCGGCUCCGAAUUUGGCGGCAAUUACACGGACGAAUAUUCCGGGAGCGACAACUGUUCCGCGUUCCCCGCGUCCCCGUCGUCCGUGUUAAACAACGUCACCGGUUGCUUCGAGGAGACGGCCGUCGUCGUCAUCGUCAAAAACUAUUGGGCGCUCGGGCUGGUCGUGUUCCCCAUACUCACGCUGUUCGGCAACAUGCUGGUCAUAAUCAGCGUGUGCCGAGAACGGGCACUGCAGUCGGUCACCAAUUAUUUUAUCGUCAGCCUGGCGCUGGCCGAUCUGCUGGUCGCCCUCGUCGUCAUGCCGUUCGCCGUCUACGUGCUGGUGAAUGGAAAAUGGGGUUUGCCCCCGUUUGUUUGCGAUUUCUAUAUAGCAAUGGACGUGAUUUGUAGUACAUCGUCCAUAUUCAAUUUGGUGGCAAUCAGUAUAGACAGGUACAUUGCGGUCACGCAGCCAAUAAAAUACGCGAAGCACAAAAACAAUCGGCGAGUGUGGCUGACAAUCGUGCUGGUGUGGGCCAUCAGCGCGGCAAUUGGCAGUCCCAUUGUGCUGGGGCUGAACAACACGCCGGACCGGGAGCCGGACCUCUGUGUUUUUUACAACUCGAAUUUUGUCAUUUACUCGUCCCUCUCCUCGUUCUACAUACCGUGCAUCAUAAUGGUAUUUCUCUAUUGGAACAUAUUCAAGGCAUUAAACCUCAGAGCGAGAAAAGCAAAGGCGGCGAGAAGACCACAGCUAAGCAGAGACAUGAAACCGGGUAUCAUCAUCGAAAACGUUGCACAGACCAGGAGACGUCUGGCCGAGACUACGUUGCUGGCUACAGCCUCAUUAGCGCCCGGAAGUUCAUCCAUCAUUGAUGAAGGGCCGACCAACACAGGAAGCGGAAGUCAGGACGACGAAGAAGAGGGCGGAUCACCCGGCUCAGAUGACUGUCACAUCAUACAUAACGACAAAUCUACAGACUUUAUCCUGUCCACGGUCAUGGAAGAAACCGCGAUGGUGGCAACGUUGGCCACACCAUCCAACCUAACUGCCGACCCAAAUGGAAACUUGGGUUCCAGACCACAGGAUAUCGAUCUUGUAACAAGGGUCUUGAAUCCUAACCAAACAGUCAGCUCCAUUAGUGACAAGAUCGGUGAUAAGGUACCAGGGAAACGCAGAGAUUCAUCGGCAAUGUCGUUACCAAUUACAAUGACCACUUCGUCGUCGACAACAUUGACGACAACGGUCACGGUAACGGCGGCCACCUCGACAGCCGUACCACAGCCAACAGACCGAUCGAAUCGAACAACACAGUCACUGGUGAAACGUUCGCUGUCGUCAAUGCUCCGGAACGGUUCCGAGGAGGACAGUUCGAGGUGUUCGAAAAAAGAGUAUAAGACGACCACAGAAGGGAGCAGCCGCUUCACCAUAUACAAGGUGAAUAAGGCGAGCCGGAAGAAACGAGAAAAGUCCUCGGCAAGGAAAGAGAGAAAAGCUACAAAAACCUUGGCAAUUGUUUUGGGCGUAUUUCUGUUCUGUUGGGUGCCGUUCUUCACGUGCAACAUACUGGACGCGAUCUGCCACAAACUGGAUAAGGAGUGUUCGCCCGGCGUCCGGAUGUUCAUACUGACCACAUGGCUGGGCUACAUGAACAGCUUCGUCAAUCCCGUGAUCUACACGAUAUUUAAUCCGGAGUUCCGGAAGGCGUUCAAAAAGCUUAUGCGGAUAGGCACUUGACCCGUAGCCGACGGCACCGGCAAGAGUUUCGCCACGAACGCCUGCGGCAAGUGACGCGAACGAGGGCCGCAGCUGUCGUUUGUAGUUACAUAUUAUUAUGAAGUGUUCACUCGCAGUCACUUCCUGUACAUUUAUAGUUAUUAUAACGUAUCAUUAAUAUUGUAUUAUUAUUAUUAAAUUAUUAUUGUCGUAAUAUUAUUAUAACCAAGACUAUAUUGGUAUAACUAUUAUAGGGAUGAAGAGUAAAAAUCGACAAUAAUAUAAUAUAUACGUGAAAAAAAGGAGAAACGAGCAAAUAUAAAUUUAAAAUAUUUCAAUAACAGGUAUAAAUGAUUUUAUUCUAUUAUGGAAGCAAUGGGCAUUGGCGAAAAACUGAUACACGGAUAUUAUGUAGGUGCCUAUAAAGCAUCUGCUACAGUGUCUUAAUAAUAAGUUUAUAUAAUAUUAUGUGCGUUUUCAACUUGACUAUUGCAAUUUAAAACAGAUUUGUAUAAUAGUAAAUAAGUUGAAGUAUUAGUAUUUGCUAGUUUUAAUAAAAUUACCAAAAUAUUAACUACCAUUAAUUUCUCAUAGUACAUAACCGUAAACCAGAAUCGUCGUUAUUGAGCGCAAGUCACUAACAGACACGAACUUUUGCCUUAUACAAGACCCACAUAUUAUUGAUAUUUCAUUUAUCUCAAUAUUUUAAUAUUAUGAACGUUAACGAUAAUAAUAAAAUAUACCUAACGAACCAGGAAUCUCACGUGUUAUUAAGCCCAUAAAGACUACGACGAUCACGUUAUUUAUUCUAGUAAUACAUAUUAUAAUUAUUAUAUCAUACCUAGUUAACAACUUUAUCAUUAGUUUUCGACUAUUAUCUCAUUUUACUUUUACUUAUUGUUUAAAAACUCUAUUUUUAGUUUUUAUAAUGAAAUUGUCAAAUAAAAAUAUACGUUUCCACAAGUGAUUAAAGACUUGUAAACCUAUUAUCGUGCACAUUCAUGACUGAAUAUCCAUUAAAAUGAUAUACGUUUAAACAUAGGUGGUAAAAGAAAUUUAAAUGAUUAACCCCACGAUUAUCAAAACGCUGUUUAGGUUUGUUAAAGUCGUAUUAAUAUAAUAUAACUAUUAUCAUUAUGCCAUAAGUUUUAAAUUUUUAUAAGUAGUCAAAUUUCAAUAAAAGCUAAUCUCUAAUUUUUUUUUGUAAGUACAUAUUCUAUACAAGUAUUUGUUUUUCAUAAAGUUAUAUUUUUUUUUAAUUUAGUUUUAGGUAAUAGACUUCAGUUAACUAAUUUAUGAUGAAUUUAUUGUAUCUAUAUGAAAACGUAAUUCGUAAGAUUUUACUUACAAAAUUAAGAAUACUUGAUAUUUGAUAUUUUAAAGAAAAAUCAUAUAAUAUAUUAUGUCUUUGACAUGUAUAUAUUAUAAAUACACAUAACUCAUUAGAGCAAUUCUAAAAAAAAAUUAAUCUGAAAGCCAUAUAAUUUUUCAAUUAUUUCUAUUUCAAAACGUUAAAAUACUAUUCUCAAGUCUAGACAUAUUUUAAAAGUUUAAUUAAAAAAAUAAUUAUUCUACUUGCUAAGGUGUAUUCCAAGAAAAUAAUAAACACAUAACUUACUUUUAAAUACAAUUAUUUUUAAUUUGUAUAAAACUAGAAAAGUGAGAAUUGUUUAUAUACUUAAACUAAAUUAUAACGGUAUAAAAACUACAACACAAAUGAGAAGAUAUUUAAAAAUACGUUGAUAGUUUACUUAAAUAAAAUCAGAUUAAAGGUUUUUUUUUCAUAUUGUUCACGCUCAUUUAUAAUUAUUCUAUUUUUAAUUUUCUCUACAAAUAUGCCAAUAAUAAAUUAAGUGCCAUAUUUUUUCAGCACACUGAAAACAUUUUUAAUGUUAUUAAUUUACCUUUAAAUGAUUUUCUUGAUUUCAAUAAUUAUAAAAUAAUUGAGAAAUACAAUUUAAAAAUAAAACAAAAUAUUAUCUUAAACAAUUUUAAUUUAAUAUGCAUUAAAUAUGUAAUCAUAUUUAUCUCAUAAGUAGGACUCAAAUUUUAACGUUCUGAACAAUUUGAGAAAAGCCCUAAAAAUACAGUUAUGAAUUUAAACCUCAAUAACACCCCAAAGAACGCAUUUAAAAAUUAUUUUUAGUUUUAUUUUUACUGUGCAAUUUAACUAUUAUGUUUUAUAUAAACAAUGAGUUGACCCAUAUAAAUUAAAAGAAAAAUGUUUGACUCGUAUUAUUGUCAUAUUAUGAUUCAAUAUGAAUAAAGAAUUUAAAAAUUUAUCUUUUAUCGUAAAAAUAAAUGAAAAAAUCAACAACAAAGUUAAAGCAUUUCUUAAAAACAUUAAAAAUUACAUUAAAAAAAUCUUUGUUGGAAAAUAUAUAAUUAAUUACAUUUAUAACUUGGAAAUCAUUGUGUCAGAAAUUCCAUAAAAAUACACAAAUGCAUUUGAAAAUCAAAUCAUACUCAUAAGUUCUAAGUAAUUUUCAAUAUUCAUAUAUUAUAAGAAUAAUUUGUAUUCGUUUUUUAAAAUAAAUUUGAAUGUAUUAUCUAUCAUAUUUUGUGUUCUAAGUAUUUCUAAGUUAGUAUUGCGAAUUCUGACUGUUAAAUCAAUUUAUUUAGAUAUAAUAUGAUAUAUAAGAUAUUAAUAAUCAUGCAUGUAAUUUUAAUACUCUCAAAUCAACUAGUAAUCAUAUUUUGCUCGAAAAAUAAUGUUCAUGAAAUGCGUAUUUAUAUUGACCUUUUUCUUUUACUUAAUUCUCGUUGUUUUUACUUUAGUUUUUAGUCGAAUCUUUUUGGUAAAACACACCGUAUUCGAACAACCAAACUUUGUUUUGUGACAUAAAUAUUAUACAUAAUUAUGGGUGCGUGUAUAUAUUUUGCAUACGUGUUUAGACUAUCCAAUUAAUAUUUUAUCAGAAUAAUGUAAUAUGAUUUUAGAUUACUGGUAAUUUUUGCUCAAAGAAUAGAUAACAAAGUUUAUCUUUGAAUAUAAUUAUACAUUAUGUUGAAGCAAAAUAUUGCUGGAUUUAGUGAAAUAAUAACACCAGGUUAUAAUUUAAUGUUUUAAUAAUAUAAUAUUGACCGCAAUUAUCAAAAUUUAAAUCAUUUAAUCCGAAAUUAUUUCUAAUAAUAUCUAUUUACGAAUAAAUAUCUAUAAAAAUUAAUAUAUAUGAAAUCCAGCUUUAUACUCCUAAAUAAAAAAAGUUACACAUUACAAAUGUAUGUUAACAUAAUAAUAAUAAUAAUAAUAAUAACAAUUGUUAUAAUAUUAUUAUGCCUCA